ACUUUUGUUGUUCCUCGAUGGUUGGCUUUGACACCAAUUUCUGGGAAGGCCACGGAUUCGAGGAGGUCAAGAAGCUCGCGAGCAAGGGCUCGGACGCGCUCGAGCACGUCAUGUCGAUUCUGUCCGACCGCGCCGACGCCUCCAAGGACUAUGCCAAGAACCUCCAGAAGCUCUCCUCCAAGGUCGAGUCUGGCGGCAAGGACUUUAUCGGCACCAUCCGCGACGCUUGGUCUGAAAUGCGCUCGUCAUUCGAGCAAGAGGCAAAGUGGCACCUCACUGCGUCAACGCGCAUCCACGACGAGAUUGUCGUCCACAUGAAGAGCUUCCACAAGGAGUCCAAGAAGGCGCGCAAGCCAAUUGAGACCAAGGUCGACAAGAUCACAGCCGAGCUAUUUGAUGCCCGUAGCACCGAACUCAAGUUCAAAAAGUCGGCCUUCUCCAAAUGCAAGGAAAUGGAAGGUGCGUACUUGCAGUUUGAAGAAGCCAGGUCGAGCACAACGCGCCCGUACUCGGAGAAGGAUUUGGCCAAGCUCGAAAAGGCUGCACGAAAGGCUGAAGAAGCAACGGCAAAGUCGGACAAGGAGCAUCGCGACAGCGUGCGCAAGCUCGAGCAGCUUCGACGCAAGUGGGAGGCCGUCAUGGCAGAAGGCUGUUUGGAAAUGCAAGUUCUCGAAGCGCAACGCGUCGAGCACAUUCGUGAGAUGCUGCUCAAGUUGCACGAGAUUGCGAGCACGCUCCCAGCUGAGUAUGCCCAGUUCAUGGAAAAGUUGCAGGGAACGCUGCAAGCCAUCAACCCUGAGAGCGACGUUUCGGCUGCAGCAGAAAUGAAGGGUACCGGCCCCAACCGACCACGCGAGGUCUUGUACGAGUGCUAUGAGGAGGAUCCCAAGCACAGCAUGAAGGCCGACCGCCGAGGACGACGAUUGGAAGAAAAAGUCCACGAACUAGAGGACGAUGUCCGCAAGGAGGAAAAGACGCUCGCUGGCGUGCGGGGUCUCUCGGACGUGUACAGCAACCAACCGAGCUUCUCGGACGAGAAGGGAAAAGCCGAUGUCCUCAACCAGGUCGCUGACGCUGAGCGCGCCUUGCAUUCGGCGCAGGCCGUGCUUUACAAACUGCAGUGCUCGCUGGCCGAAGCACAAAACCAGGGCAAAGGCGACCAUCCGUUCGCUCCUUAUAUCGAGCGUUCUCGCGAUACAUCCACGUCCUUCCUCGUUUCCACUUUCGCCUUGCCGUCCGACUCGCCCGUGCCGGUUGUGCCGUCCGUGGGCAACUCAAAGCCUCGAUCCUCUGCGAUGGCAGCUGCCCAGUCGACCACCUCUGUUGCUUCGGCUGGAAACGACUUUGCAGAUUCAACAUCGUAUCGUGCAAUGUACGACUAUGAUGCCUCCAAGGAAGACGAAUUGUCAAUCCGUGAAGGCGACACUCUGGAACUUGUACAGCAGUAUGAAGGCGGCUGGUGGCUGUGUCGUAACAGCAACGGCGAAGAAGGCCUACUUCCGGAAAAUUACCUUUCUCCGGCUUGAACACGCGGCCUCGGGCAUUUUCGUUGUUGUGAUGAAACCCCCGAGCUACUUGAACGUCUGGGUCAUUUGGCUUUUGAACGUCUGGGUCGUUUUAUUGGCUUUUGACCUCAGCGUUUUUUGUUGUGCGUUGCAAGAAAAACAAAAAUUCCAUCACAAUUUUUGACAGAA